AUGUGUACUCCGACGCACCGAAGCAAGGCGCUGCCACACCAUCAGCAGCUGCUCAAGUGGGCAGCAUCUGUUAUCGAUCGGGUCUCGGUAGGCAAGCACCCCUUCAUUGCUAAAGAAUGGAUCUCCGACUCAGAGCAGCUCAUUGAGCAAUUGAGCUGCCGUCAUCCGGACUCUGUGGAAGCAAAAUUGGCAGCGGAGAUUGGCCCGAGCCUUCCCGGCCUCGUUCAUGAACAGGGCAUUCUGGCGCACUAUAUCUCCAUGAAUGAGGAGGCCCCCACAAUAAAGCGGGUCCAUGAGCGUCUGGCCGAUUUGGUCAAGCAGAUCAACCACCGUUACGCGCACAUGCAUAUCCUCGAAAUUGGAUCCGGAAACGGAGCCAUGACUGAAAUGAUCGUUUCCUCGCUGGGGACCUCCUUCUCCUCGUACACCUUUACCGAUGUGUCCGAUAACCUCUUCAGUGAGGCCGAGUUUCGCUUCUAUCAGUACGCAGAUCGCAUGAUCUUCAAGACAUUCGAUAUGUACCAGGCUCCUACCGCUCAAGGCUUUACCGCCGGAAAAUAUGACCUCGUUCUGGUAGGUAAUGGUCUCCAGACGGCCAGGAACCAGGAGCAGGUUUUGUCCAAUAUCCGUCAAUUGUUGAAGCCUGGUGGAUAUCUUAUAAGCGCCAGUCCUCUCGCGGAUGAUUCAUUGCGCCUCGGUCUUAUCAUGAGCGAUUGCCCGGAAUGGUGGAGCGGCGCUGAUUCUGGGCGGCUAACAUUAGACAGUUGGAACAACCUCCUGGGCCAAUGCCAAUUUUCUGGCAUUGACACCUGCACCCCCGUGGAAGAUGUUCUCCAUGAUAUCCCGGUUUGGGCUGCGCAAGCGGAGGAUGAACGUGUGCGGCUAUUGCGGAAUCCGUUGGGUGCAUCAGUAGAGCUCCCAGAAGAGAUGCCACCCUUAGUUAUUAUUGGUGGUAGGUCUUUGGCCACCGUGCAGUUAGUAGAGCAGAUUGCUACUCUGCUAUCGACCAAAUUUCCAGUCGUGACUCGUCUUCAUUCCCUCGAGGCCCUGAUUACUUCGUCCAUUCCAUCCAAAGCUACCGUGCUUAGUCUCGCCGACCUGGAUGGCCCAGUAAUGAAGUUGUGGACUGCCAACAAGUUGGAGGCUUUGAAGUUACUUUGGAACCAGGCAGCAAGGGUAUUAUGGGUUACCAAGGGUGCUCGCUUUAGCGACCCGUAUUCUACUAUGAUUUCUGGCAUCGUGCGAGUGGUCCGAAUGGAAAAGAUAGACCUAAACGUGCAGUUGCUGGAUGUGGAUUCUAUCAAUCCGGGCACUGCAUGUCUGGUGUGUGAGACGUUGUUGAAACACCAACUACUUCUUACUUGGUCGGCGGACAACUCCACUGAGAAGCUGCUAUGGAGUUAUGAGAACGAAGUGGCAGUAGAAGGCCAGCAGACUCUUAUCCCGCGCCUGUAUUCAAAUGAGGUGGAGAAUCUGCGGUUCAACUCUGUCCGUCGGCCCAUUAUGCACGAGGUCAACCCAUUCGUGUCGACUCUACGAUUGGCCAGCACAGGUGAAUCUUACCAGUUGGAGGAGGUUUCGUCCUUGCGGGUUGCCGCGACACUGCCAACAAUCCGUGUGUGCCAAUCUAUACUGCAGUUCCUCAAGCUUGGCUCAAAUGGCUCUUUCAUGCUCUGCAUUGGCACAAGACAGGAUGAUUCCCAAGCUAUGGUUUUGGCUUUGACUCAGUCUUCUGAGUCUCCAACACCCGUGGAGCCUGGUUGGGAGAUCGAGUUGCCAUUUUCCCCUGAGGUUGGACGCUUGGCUCUGAUUACCGUAGCCACCCACAUUGUCACCCAGCAGAUGCUGGCUAUGGUACCCAAGAAUGGUACCCUAGUGGUUCAUGAACCAGACGAUUUGCUCCAUGCCGCUCUUUUGGAUGCCGCGGAGAAAGACCGGCUUGAUGUGUGGUUCACCACUUGCCAGUCUGGCCGUAACUCCAACUGGACGUACUUGCACCCUGCCCUUCCCGCUCGCCUAGUCAGAGAAAAGAUGCCUAGCGAGGUCUCUGCUUUUGUCAACCUCGAGGCCCCUAAUGGUUUGGGUGCCCGCGUGGCAGAUGCCAUUGCAGGUUGUGUCCCCCCGCAUGGCGUGCAUGCCUCGGCGACUACGUUUUUCGCUAACCAGCUAUACACCCGCUCGGGGAUUGGGCCGGCUGUCCUCAGUGAACUUCUCCAAAAUGCGUGGCAGUCAGCCUCCACGUCUAGCUUGGCCUUGGAGUUAAUCGAUCCUAUUCCGCUGGGUGAGGUCUCGUUCCACAAUCCGGUGAGAGAAGCCAUCCAGCUGGUUGACUGGAACGUUCCCGCGGUGCCUGUUCAUCUAAGACAACUUGACGCUGACCCAAUUUUCCGCCGCGAUCGAACCUAUCUCAUGAUUGGUCUCACUGGAGAAGUUGGUCAGUCCCUUUGCCACUGGAUGGCUCGUAAAGGGGCUGGUUGCAUUGUCCUGGCAAGCCGUAACCCCAAAAUUACUCCUGCGUUCCUUCGCAAGGCUGAAGAUCUAGGCGCAACUGUUCGAGCGCUCUCACUGGACAUCACCUGUCGCGACUCUCUUCAACGCUGUCUCCGACAGAUCAGGCGCAGCAUGCCCCCAAUCGCCGGUGUGGCUAAUGGUGCCAUGAUCAUGGAGGACGUGCAAUUCGACCACGUAGAAUUUGAGAGCAUGGAACGGUCGAUGAAACCCAAAGUGCUUGGGAGCAAAUUACUGGAUGAAGCUUUCUACGAUACUGCUCUGGACUUCUUCAUCAUGUUUUCCUCGAUUGCGGGCGUCGUCGGUAACACAGGGCAAAGCACCUAUGCGGCAGCCAACAUGUACAUGGCUGGUCUAGCGCUUAAUAGGCGGAAGCGUGGAGUUGUUGGCUCGGUUAUUGCCUACAGUCCCCUCAUGGGCUUGGGUUACAUUGAUCGCACCGACGAAACCAUGGGUGAUAAGUUCCUUUCCAUGGGUGUCUCCCUAAUGUCUGAGACGGAUUUCCGCUAUGCCUUCGCUGAGGCCAUCAAGGAGGGUCAAUCGAGUUGUCACGAUCGUGCGGAAUUGAUUACUGGUUGCGCGCCAAAGGUUCUGAGUGAUAUUACUCGUAACCGUUACAGGAGUGAUAUUCGUUUUAGCCACAUUAACCUCGAGCGAACCAACGGCCAAGCGGGUGCUGGCGCAGGGGAUUCCUCCAUCAGGGGCCUGUUGAAGCAGGCCGGUUCUAUGGAGGAGGUCGAAGGGAUCGUGCUCGGUGCCUUUACUGCAAGACUUAAAACCCUUCUUCGAAUGUCUACGGAACAGCCCCUCGAUGCCAACAGCAGUCUGGUUGGACAAGGCAUCGAUUCUUUAGUUGCCAUUGACAUCCGCGAAUGGUUUGACCGCGAAUUGGAGAUUGAUAUGCCGGUUAUCAAGAUAUUGGGUGGCUCUUCCAUUGUCGCUUUGGUGAAGGGUUGUCUCCAAGAUAUCCCAGAGACUGUACUCGACAUCAGAAACCUAGAUCAGUCAAUAGGCGGGAAGCCAGCAGCACCAGCAGCUGCAACGUCUGGGGUCGAGUCAGCCAUCCCUCUGUCAGACAGCAAGGACUCAAUCUCGUCCAGCUCAGACAGUGAAAGCGUGGACACAUCAUCCCACUAUGGAACCAGUGACACUGAGCCCGAAGAGGAGAGCACCUGCGAACCUUCGAUUGACUUGGAUCUGCGCCAGUCCACCAUCCAGUCGGCCACCGAGAAAGUUGUUCCUAUGUCCUUCAGCCAAGCCCGUUUCUGGUUCAUGCAGCAUGCCUUACAAGAUCCUUCAGCCCUUAACAUGGGCCGUUGCUGGCACAUUGAAGGUGCCUUGGAUCUGCCCAGACUGAGAAAGGCGGUCAUCACGGUUGCGGACCGACAUGAAGCAAUGCGUACCCGAUUCUUCUGGGGAGGACAGGAUCAUGACGUUCCUAUGCAGGGAAUUCUAUCUCGGUCUAUUGUCCAGCUUGAGACUAAGCGAAUCACCAACAAGGAGGAGGUAUACCGGGAGUUGGAUGCUAUGCGACACCAUGCCUAUGACCUCGGUGAUUGGCAGCUUGUGAGAACCCGUCUUCUGACAUUGUCUAACAGAGAACACUAUAUGAUUAUUGGCAAUCAUCCGAUCACCUUCGAUGAUAGCAGUGCCUCGCUUUUGCUCGACGAGAUGAAUCAAGCCUAUCUGGGACAGAGUCUACCUCGCCUUCCCCAAGAGGCCCAGUACUCUUUCUUUGCGGAAGCGCAAUUCCGGGACUACAAAGAAGGGCGUUUCCAGAAACAUAUUGACUAUUUCAAAGCCUUGAUCAAAGAAGAAAACCACCCACUCGAACUAUUUGCCUUUUCCAAGGCCCCAGUCAGACCAGUUCAAACUCAAUACCGCACCCAUCGAUCGGAUAUGCGUCUCUCGUCGAAGCAGGCUUCUCUGCUCAAACAAAUCUCACAGGAUAGGCAUUCGGCUACCUCCGACCUCUAUACUGCCGUUUUGGGUGUGCUUCUGUUCCGUCUCUUGCCCAACACCAACCAGGUAUUGCUUGGCAUCGAUGCCGACCGUAACGACCUGGCUCUGGGAAGAUCCAUGGGGUGCGCGCAUAACACGUUGCCAGUCCGGCUGGAGAGGCCAGGCAUUAACACAAAGCUUGGGCCUUAUCUUAAUACGGUACGAAAUGCAAUUGAGGGCGUUCUAGAGCAUUCGGCGCUGCCUUUUGAUGUCCUCAUCAAUGAACUCAAGUUGGACCGCUCAGCAAAUGUUCCACCGGUGUUCCAGGCAAUGAUACAGCAUCGCGUUGAAAGGCAAGAUCAGGUUACAUGGUGCAAUGCUACCUGUAAUCCAGAUAAGUCCCUUAACUCUUGUACCGGGCUUGACCUUUACUUGGACAUUACCGAAAACUGUGCGGGCGAGACUGCCGUCGGCUUGGAGGUGCAGCAAGGACUAUACAGCCUGGAGCACGCAGAUCUUCUUGUCAAAUCCUUUGUCUAUCUUCUAGAGCAGCUCACUACGAACCUCGAUGUACCUCUAGCAACUUCUGAGUUGUGGCCACCCGAAGAUAUUUCGCGGGCGCUGGAACUUGGUACAGGCCCUGUAGCGCCUAUGCAAUGGCCACGAACUGUCGUUCAUAGGAUUGACCAGAUGAUCCAGCAAAACGGAAGCAAUCUUGCCCUCAAGGAUGGCAGUGGCAAGAGCUUAACCUACAACGAUAUGAGCCGCCGCAUUGACUCGAUUAUCGCGGCUUUGCGCCAGGCAGGGACCCCGAAGGGCUCUUUUAUUGGUGUGAUGCAGGAGCCUAGUGUUGAUUCGAUUUGCUCAAUGUUGGCUGUCUUCCGUGCUGGUGCGGUCUAUAUGCCGUUUGAUCAUCGUAUCUCCAUCGAUCGGGCACAGGGUGCAAUCCAUAAGGCUAAACCGUUAUUGCUACUUGUUGAUCAAUCUACGGUCGAUAAGGCCAGAUCCCUUCAAGCUCCCAUGCCAAGGGUGUUGGAUAUCUCCUCAGUGGCUACACGCCAGCACAUUCCGCGCACACCAAACUUGGCAGAUGGUAGCUCGCCCGCUAUUAUUCUGCUAACCGGUGGCUCUACCUUUGAGCCUAGCCUAGUCAAGCAUGCAAGCAUCAUCCCCCAGCUUGAGGCCUCUUCAAUGCAGUACAACUUCUCGAACGAGAGACCACUAGUCGCGCUUCAGCACUCGGCCAAUUCCACUGAUCUGUCGCUCACGCAAACCCUCGAUGUAUUGUGCAACGGUGGAAGCUUGAUCAUCCUGUCCGCCAACAGACAGGGAGACCCCGUUGAGAUUGCCAAAACAAUGCAAGAAGAAAACAUCAGUUACACGUUGGCGGCUCCAUCCGAAUACCAGAAUUGGCUCAGCUGUGCAGCGGAACAACUUCGAGACUGUCCUCGCUGGACCCUCGCCAUCACAACAGGUGAAAUAGUCCCUCAGAAGCUCUUGCAAAGCUUCCGUGCUCUUGAAAGCCCGUCUCUCCAGCUUCUCAACCUCUACAGUCCGGCUGGAACAUGUUUCGGUUCUACUUGGCAGGGUCUAGUUGAGUAUCGCAAGUCAGACGCGAAGUCACCCGUCGCCGCUGGGUAUGCUUCACCCAACCAGGCAAUCUACAUCGUGGAUGUCGAGCUGCGGCCUCUUCCAGUUGGUGUCCCAGGCGAGGUGCUCAUCGGGGGCGCUGGUAUUGCUGAUUGCUAUGGCAAUAUGGAUAGUACAAUGAAGGAGAGGUUUAUUGAGUCUCCCUUUUCUCAAUGGGACAGCAACUUCACAAGCACCAAGUGGGAAACCGUCUAUCGCACUGGAGACCGUGGUUACCUACAGAAGGACGGUGCCCUUAUCCUGGUUGGCCGUUCAGAUGGUGCCACUCAGGUCAAUGUUCGCGGCUUCCAGGUUGAUUUAGAAGAGGUCGAAAACGCCUUGAUCGAGGCUUCUGGGGGUUUCUUAACUAAUGCUGCGGUCACCCUGAGAGAACAUGGUGAGGAUCAAUUUUUAGCUGCUCAUGUUGUCUUUUCCAAUCAGACGUCUCAGAAGAACUCCCAGGAAAUGCUGUUGGACAACCUCUUGAUGCGUCUGCCUGUACCAGACUAUAUGGUUCCUUCAGCUAUUGUAGUCUUGGAGGAACUACCAUUGGAUUCUCACUCCAAAGUGGACCGAACUGCCAUCUGCCAGCUGCCUAUUGAUGAAUCUAAUGUGGUGACCCCGACUAGCCGAGAAAUGACAUCUAUGGAGGCCAGUCUUGCCGAGGUCUGGAAAGGUGUCCUUUCUGCCUCUGCCUCUCCGACCCUUACUCCCAGCUCUGACUUCUUUCAAGUUGGGGGUACAUCGCUGCUGAUUGUGAUUUUGCAGCGCGCAAUCAAGGAGCAAUAUAAGGUCGCACUACCAGUAACCGAGCUGGUGGCUACCAAGAGACUCGCUGAUAUGGCCCGUUUGAUCGAGGGGAAAGGGGUUUUUGUCUAG